GUUAUUAACAAAAGAAGAGAAUGGUGAGCAAUUAGAGAUAGAGAAAAUAAACAAGACGACCAUGAAGAAGAAAAAGCCAUCACGUGGGAUGCACAUGUUCUCCGUCGUCAUGUUCAUGCUCCGUCGUCGCCGGAGGAGAAAGACCUUCAACACCAGGUUUUGGCGACGAGUUGUUGAGUCCGUACGUAAAGUCCGUUCCGAAAUUACGAUAAUGCCAUCGUCAAAUUUUAUCAAUACAAUUGUUCUCCCUCCGGCUCCUCCUCCUCUUCCAGCGACAGAGAUGGGAGGAGACGGUGGUGAUAAUGAUAACGAUGAUGAUGAUGAUGAUGAUGAUUCCGGAGAUCGUUUAUCGGAGGCUAUGGAGGUUUUCACGGCGGCUUCCUCUUCAUCAUCAUCAGGAAUCUCGGGAUAUGGAUCAGCCAUGUCCUUACGGGAUUUGGAUUAUCCUUAUGAUGAUGAUAUUGAUGAGGAAGAAGAUGAAUGUUAUAGUGAUGUGGAAGGAGGAGAUGAUAUGAUUGAUGAGAAAGCUGAGGAAUUCAUCGUGAGGUUCUAUGCGCAAAUGAAGAUGCAAAAUCAGGUUUACACUGAUCGUUGCAAAGCCAAAGGGAUAAUGAUGAAUUAAUGAUCUUAUUAAUUAUGGUAUGUGCAUACGUGGGAAUAUUGGAGAUGUCUCGUGGACCAAGGAUCAAUCUUAAUUCAGGUUUUAAUUUCUUGGUCAAUUUUUUUUUGGUAUUAAAAUUUAAUUUAAUUCCUAUAAGUUUUUCUUCACUUUUGUUUUUGUAAUUUGUGAGUGUAUUUCAAUUAAUUAAUGAAAAAAUAGGACAAUGAAAUGUAUGUGUGUUUGUGGGGAAUAU